CUAUACAACCCUGUUGCGAGUAUUACUUGCAAUUCUGCAAAAUCAAACGAGACGGCUUUGUGUUUUUUGUUGCUGCUUUCGGCGAGGAACGUAAAUUACACGUAAAUCAGUAGAAAUAGGCGAUACUUGCGCCCGAACACAGAGUGUCUACAAAUCCCAGAGCCGCAUAAAAUGGAUCGUCUGCUACGUCUUGGAGGCGCUAUGCCACAGGCUGCCCCGCCCACAGAUGCGCCCGUCGUGGACACCGCCGAGCAGGUGUACAUCUCGUCCCUGGCUCUGCUUAAGAUGCUCAAGCACGGACGGGCCGGCGUGCCCAUGGAGGUGAUGGUUCUGAUGCUGGGCGAGUUCGUGGACGACUACACGGUGCAGGUCAUCGAUGUGUUCGCCAUGCCCCAAACGGGUACCGGUGUCUCCGUAGAGGCAGUGGAUCCCGUCUUCCAGGCGAAGAUGUUGGACAUGCUGAAGCAGACGGGUCGGCCCGAAAUGGUCGUUGGCUGGUAUCACUCGCAUCCUGGUUUCGGCUGCUGGCUGUCCGGUGUGGACAUCAAUACGCAGCAAUCCUUCGAGGCGCUGUCGGAACGAGCCGUAGCCGUCGUCGUCGACCCCAUUCAGUCCGUGAAGGGCAAGGUGGUCAUCGAUGCCUUCCGCCUGAUCAAUCCCAACAUGCUUGUGCUGGGACAGGAGCCCCGGCAGACAACGUCCAAUCUGGGUCAUCUGCAAAAGCCCUCCGUACAGGCCCUGAUCCAUGGGCUGAAUCGCCACUACUACUCGAUUAGCAUAAACUACCGCAAGAACGAACUGGAGCAGAAGAUGCUUCUCAAUCUGCACAAAAAGUCUUGGAAGGACGGCCUUACGUUGUCCGACUACAAUGAGCACUGUUCCAUCAACGAGGACACCGUGGCCGAGAUGCUGGAUCUCGCCAAGAACUACAACAAGUCACUGGAGGACGAGGAGAAAAUGACGCCCGAGCAGCUGGCGAUCAAGAACGUGGGCAAACAGGACCCCAAGCGGCAUUUAGAGGAAAAGGUGGACAAGGUUAUGCAGAACAAUAUUGUGCAGUGCCUGGGCGCCAUGCUGGACACCAUAGUCUUUAAGUGAAUUUUUGCAUUUGCUCUCCUCAAAUCAAUUCCCCUUCAUACCCACAAACCGCUAAGCUAAUCGUAUUAACUGAUAAAAAAAAAAAAACAACAGCUUUUGUUCAGAGCAAAGUUUUACACAAAGUGAA